AUGAAUCGGUUGGGCGGCAGUGGCAUUGGCGGCGCCGAUGUGCCACCGCUGCAGCAUCAGCGGAGGGAGGAUGUGAUGGGCCUUGGCGAUCCCAUGCUAGUGACGCUGCGCAACAAUUACCGCCAGAGGAUAAUGGAGCAUGCACGAUGGGAGGUAACUGCGAGAUUAUAUGAAGGAAAGAGGGUACCUGCUGACUGGCAGCGGGGGCUGCCGGAACUUGCUAGGCGGGUCGAGAAAGUCUUGUUUGAGAAACACCCAAACAAGUGGGAGUACUACAACAUGACGAAUGGACCAGUUGAGCCACAUUUCGAGUUUGCUGUGACCUCGCUUGCUCAGAUUCAGAGGCAGAGAGCAUCUUCCACUGCGUAUGCUCAUGGGGGCAUGAUACCGGCACCUGGUGUCACGCAAGGGGAUACCUCCAACGAGCUUGUGAACACACUACUAUCUCUGGGGAUAAACUCUAGCGAUGACCUCUCAAAAGUGUCGAACAGCAACUUGGCAAUCCGUGCACCUGUUAAGAAGGAGGUCUCAGAGGAACCAAAGUUCAGCUGUCCAUUCUGCUUCGACGAGCUGGUCGAUGCGUCAUCAACUAUCUGCGGCCACAUCUUCUGCCACAAGUGCAUCAAGUUCUCCGUCCAGGCUCAGAACAGGUGCCCUGCCUGCUGGAGGGGACUCACCAUGAACAGCUUCCACCGCGUCUACCUCCCUGCUACCAUGGACUAA